CUUUUAACCUGAAAUUAGUCUGCACACGCAAGAAAAUUGGACUGCCCACCGUUUUAAGGGGGCUCAGUGGCCGAAAUGGAUUCCCUUACCUUUGUUCGUGACCUCCCAAGAAAUCUCAAAGAGCAUUAAAUUUUCCACGGCACCAGUGUCAAGGGACAGCGCCCACGCUGUGUCUGAGAUCCCCAGGGACAGCUGGUUUCACCCAGUUGCCUUUCUCGUCAAAAAUGCAGGUUCGUGACAUGGGUAGGCUACUGUUCUUCCUCGCCAUCAUAGUGCACUGUCAGAAUGGAAACUUUGGGAAACCGGUCUACAAUGACAAGUUCGUCUCCCCGGAUUUCAUGUACCCGGCCGGACAAUCCGAAUAUCCCAGGCAUUCCCAGAUUCUGACUCGGAACAUCGAUGGGCAGAAGGCACCAGAGCAGUCCAGUAUGUGUUACUUCCUCCAGGAGAGCGACGUGGAGAGUCAGAUCUCCUGCAAACUUCGCUUCACCCGGAGUAAAUUUAACUUCAACCCCUUCGGGCUGCGCUUCGGGAAGAGAGGCGACGGCGGCUCCGUGAAUUGGAAGACGUUGGUUGUCAAUGGGAACAGACUCCGUUAUCUUUGGAAGCACAAGAUACCUGCGUGUAAGGACUCUCAAAGCGAAUGCUGAACUACUGUUCGCGUUACAUUUUGUAUUAGACGCUUGUUACAUGCAAUGUAAUUUCAGUGAAUGCAAUGUAUAACUCCUGUAUCCAUGGAGACCAAAUGUGAAUCACUCUCAUCUGUGCCAUCCCAAUGAUAAACUGAUAGACCCAUCAGAAUUGCGUUAGAUUUGUACCCCUUUGUAAUGUAAAGCGGGUUCAUGUUCUCCAGGCACAAUAAAUGUAGCAGGAUUGGAUUAGUUUGUAAUUUUAAUAGACUCGCGCGUUGAACGAACCCGAUGUCAAGUGGAAUAAUAAUAAAAUAUAUUGAUCUCAAAUUAGUCCCAGAUUUAUUGCCAC